UGAUUUUGUUCAUCAUUGGGAUGUAACCAAACAAAUCACAAAUGAAAAUCAAUUCUUAUGAUUAUCAUUAAUAAUUACUCACUUACUUUAGUGUCUCUAAUCAUCUCACUUAAUUAUUUUCAUUUUAUAUAUAAAUGAUUUGAUUUAACAAGAUUGUUAAUUAGUUUUAUGUUUACACGGUUAAUGGAAACACCAUCGUAUCAACAGUUAUCCCAAUCAACAAUUAAUCAACAAUCACAAUCAAUGGUGAUCAACUUGAUUUACUCUCUGGAACCAAGCUAACAGUUAAUUAAACCAAUUUACUUUCAUCUUUCUCCGUAAUUAUUUAAUUUAAUUGCAAUCGUUUGAUUGUUUUGCAAAAAAACUUGAAAAUUAUUGUCGAGUUUCAAAAAUUGUGACAAAUUGUUUUGCUUUUAUAAAGCACAUUUUACAUUUUAAUUGUGAUAUUUUUUCAUUAUUAACUUUAAUCAAGUGCUAAUUAAUUGUUGUAUUAAAAUGACAAUUAUGGUUAACAAAAGUUUCGUUAACAAUCAACGUCAAUCAGUAUCAAUUUUCACUAAGUUUUUGACUAAUUGUCAAUGCGGUAAUUUGCUUAUGGCUUUAAUUGCGAUCAAUCUGUUUAAUUGUCAGUUAAUUGCUGCUCGUGAAAUGAAUAGAUGUUCACUGGCUAAGUCCCUGUACACAAGAUACAAGGUGUCCAAAAGUAUUAUUCCAAGUCUAUUAUGUUUGGUUGAACAUUCUUCCAAGUUCGAUAUAUUCAAAAUAACGGAAACUCGAGAAGGCCGAAAAUAUGGAAUCUUUCAGUUUAAGGUUGGAGAUCAUUGUGGUGAUAAUGGUCAACAAAUUGACGAUUCUCUCUGUCGAGUACCUUGCGGCAAAAUGAUCGAUGACCAGUUGACCGACGAUGUCCGUUGUUGGCGUAAAAUUUACGCUAAAUAUGGUUUCUCAUAUUGGCCUGAAUGGGUCAACAAUUGUCGGGGGAAGUACCUAAUGUCCUACCUUCAAGGGUGCCCACUUUACUAAUUGCUGUUGACAAUUAACUCACCUCAACAAUUUUACCGGGAGUUUGAUGAUUGUAAAUUAUAUUAUCAUCAGUUGAUUGUAAAUAAUUAUUGAUAUUUAUUACAUGUUUGUCCUUGUGUUGAUCAAGUUUUAAUUGUUCAAUUGGGAUGAUAAUUAACUUGAUUAAAUCAAACCAUCGAUGUAGAUCAAGUUAAUCAUCUUGAUUACUGUCCAUUUGAUUUUAUCUAUCACUUAAUCUGAUAAUUGUUUGUCUCCUUAAUUGUUAUCGAUAUUGGUAAUUUAAUCCGUUUUAUGGAUUAUAAGUAAUUGAAUAAUAUUAUUUUCCAAUGUAUUAUUAUGAUUUAAAUUUAAUUACGAUGAUUAAUUUAAAGAAGAAAAAAAUUCUACCUCAAUUUGUUGAUUAAAACAAGAUUAUCAUUAAAACCAUUUACAACAAUUAA